AAUCGCUGUCAACCACAAUAGCAACCGUCCGACAGUUCUCCCAACAACAGAAAACGUGCUACAUAAAUUUAGCAACAGUUUAAUAAUCCAGUUGUUCCCCCAAAGAUGACUUGCGUUGGGAAAGAAAACGGUUGCCUCAUAUACCAUGGAAGCAACUUUCUUAAGCAACGUUUAUUGCUGGCGACACUGAGUGGAAAACCAAUCGAAAUAAGGGAAAUACGGCCACACCGCGAAACUGCUGCUGGCCUGCAAGAGUACGAAACGAAUCUGCUUCAGCUGCUGGACAAACUUACAAACGGCACGAUUACAAGAGUGGAUCGCGAUGGUUGCUCGUUUGUGUAUCAACCGGGGCUCCUGUACGGUGGGGAAAUUCAUCACGAUUGUAGCACAGAGCGUGGAAUUGGUUACUAUCUAGACAUCUUGGUAGCGCUUGGACCGUUCUGCAAAAAGCCUCUGCAGGUCACAUUGACCGGUGUUACAAAUAGUAAAGAAAGUCCGUCGGUAGAUCACAUUAAAGCAUCCGCAAUGCCAGCUCUGAAACGGUUCCUGGUUGUGGAUGAGGGUCUUGAAUUGAAGGUACUGAAACGGGGUAUGAUGCCGGGAGGAGGCGGUGAAAUAACAUUCCGCUGUCCCGUGCGUAAAUCGUUGAAAGCUAUUCAAUGUACGAAGCAAACGAUGGUUAAGCGGAUACGCGGUACGGCAUACUGUUGCAAAGUCAGCCCUGCAAUGGCCAAUCGUGCCGUGGAGCACGCGAAAGGAGUGAUGCUGAAUUUCCUGCCCGAUGUGUACAUUAACACUGAUCAGCAUAAGGGUAAACGGUCGGGAAAUAGCCCAGGGUACGGUAUCAAUCUUGUGGCUGAAACAACCGAUGGUACCAUGUUCUCUGCUGAAGCUAUAUGCAAAUCGAUGGAAGAGCAACAAGGCAAUCCAUCGAUACCAGAAGACCUGGGACGGGAGGCAGGCAUGAAGCUGUUGGAUGAGGUGUUUCGCGGCGGUUGCGUUGACUCCACAUUCCAGUGGCUGGUCGUUCUAUAUAUGGCGUUGGCGCAGAAGGAUGUUUCCAAGUUUCUAAUAGGACCACUUUCGCAAUAUACCAUUCAUUUCCUUCAGCAUUUACGGGAAUUUUUCGGUAUCACAUUUAAGCUGGAAAAUGCCGACGGAGAUGAAAACGACGAAACCGAUGAUCGAGAUGGCGAUGGCGAUGAGUUGUCUGGAUCUAACAAAGUGAUGCUAACUUGCGUCGGUGUAGGAUAUAGUAAUUUUAGCAAGCGUGUCAAUUGAUCGGCUUGUGUUUUAUUUCUGCUAAUCGUGGAUCUAACUAGAAAUAAACAUCGUUAUGGCGCUUUCGUAAAAUGUUUA